ACAAAAAUAACGUCAUUACAUGGGUUAAAGAAACCGUUUAAUUCAUUACUGUAUCUACAGAAAAUUGAGAAUUCGUCUAACUUGAAUAGUCAUUUCGAAAUACAUUAAUGUGAUUGUUGUCCAUUUUAUUGUUGAAUUCAAAGUUUCUUGUAAAAUUAUGAAAUUAUUUUUCUGCCAAUCACUUGAAACCUCUGAUGAUGAAGAGGAAGAAGCGGGCGAAGAGGAGCAAAGUGAGGAAUCAGCUGAAGAUGAUGAUGGAAAAUAUGGGGUCGAUAGUGAAGAGGAUAUGCCCAGCGAUGGUGUGGAUGAAAAUGGCAGCGGAGACAAGCUCGUUAGCGGAAGCAGUAGCAAAGCGAAGAUUGAGAAAAAUAAUGUUGUAGAUUCCAUAGGCUCUCUUAAAGUCAAACCGAACAAAGCUGAUGAAUCGGAAAACGACUCCGACGCUUCUGUGAGUACUGAUGCAGAUAUUUCUCUGAGAAGUGUUACUGGAAAACUGGAUAUUAAAGGCGGAGUAGAAGGAGUUCAAGUGAAAAAACCCAACUCCAAUGCCCCUACAUUAUCCAGCGAAACUAAACCAGCACGUUCCACCACUGAGAUGAUGGUGGUUGAGGCUAUUAGAAACCUAAAUGAGCGUGGCGGCUCUUCGGUGUUGGCUAUCAAUAAAUAUAUUAAGAGUAUUUAUCCACAGUUGGAUGGUCCACGUACGCUAAGACUUAUUAAGCAGUACAUCAAGAAAGCCGUAACAAAUGGGAGAUUGGUGCAAGCGAAAGGUAGCGGACUGACCGGCUCAUUUAAGAUAUCUGCUGAGAUUAAUCGUCUGGAACAGCGGCAGAAACGUAAAAAGCUAAUGCAAAAGGCCAAGAAGGAUGCGCCUGCUAAAAAAGCCGUUAAAAAGCCGAAAACUAUAAAAAAGAAAGCUGAAAAUGGUGAGCCAAAACCAGCAACCGUCGAAAAUACCACAAAACCAACAAAGGCAACGAAGGCAGCCAAGCCAGUGGUGAAAUUAGAUAACGCCGCUGAACCAACUGCAAAGCUACCAAAAGUAUCAGCAACAGCGAAAAAAAUGGCGAAAGCGACCGAUUCAAAAAAUUCGAACAAAACUGCCACCAAAGAUGUGAAACCUUCAACGAUAGCCAAUAACCAGCCGCUGGAGAAACCCAAAGUGGCGACACAAAGUAAAAGUGCCAAAGGUAUUCCAACCAUCCCAAUGAAUUCGACAGCAGAUAAGGAGGUGAAAGGAUCACACACCAAAUCUGCAUCGGCUCCUCCUAUACCCGCAGUAUCAACAUCAUCACCAAAAGCAAUGUCGAAGGGAAAAGCAGCAGCAAUGCCGAAAAAGAAACCACUCGCAAAAGGUAAAACAAGCGCUGCAGAAGUCGCUGAAAAUGGUGCUGGCGGUGCGGAUACUGUUAAGCCCGCCAAGAAGCUGGCAGGAAAGAAAACCAAAACCAAAUGAAAGCUACGUAUAUUGGUGGAAAAAUAAUUAAAAACUAUAUGUUGAUUUUUAUUAUAUUAUAUUAAAUCCGUUACUUAUUUCUUUAAAGAUACCCAUAGCAACAGCCUUUGGCUAUAUUUCAGUAUUAGAUAUAAGGAAGAUAUCAAUAUAUUUAAAUUUAAAUCCAAAACAUA